CCACUUUGAUUUUCUUUAAUUUCAAUUUCAAAUUUCCCCACCAUUUAUAGAUCUAUCUUUAGAGACAAAAAAACCUCUCACACAUUCUGAAUCCGCCAUUAUCAGUACUGAACAAGUUCUUAGGAAUGUCUUUUACUGACACAGACAUCGAUCUCAGAUCAUCUACUCAGUCCAACUUCGGAAUGAGUGAGUACACAUUUGCCGAUAUCGGAAACUUGGAUCACUGUGCUAAGUAUCUGAAUCAGACGCUCGUUACCUUUGGAUUUCCGGCAUCGCUUGAUCUGUUCGCCAACGAUCCGGUUUCGAUAGCACGCACUUGCAAUUGCGUAUACUCUCUGUUGCAGCAGAGACAACGUGAUAUUGAAUUCAGAGAGUCGGCUAAUGAACAGAGACAGCGACUCUUGUCAGAUAUAUCAAGAUUAGAAGCCAAAGUAGAGAGGCUUGAAUUACAAAUAUCGGCUAAAGAUAGAGAGAUAGCCACAAUCACUCGAACGGAAGCUAAAGCUGCAGCAGCUUUUAAGGCACAAAUUGAAAAGUUACAGCAGGAGAGAGAUGAAUUUCAAAGGAUGGUUAUUGGUAAUCAGCAAGUGAGAACUCAACAGAUACAUGAGAUGAAGAAAAAAGAAAAGGAGUAUAUAAAAUUGCAGGAGAGGUUAAAUCAAGUGUUGAUGGAGAAAAAGAAGGAAUCUCGAUCAGGCAUGGAGAUAAUGAAUUUACUUCAGAAAGAAGGCCGGCAACGUGGGACAUGGAAUGGGAAAAAGGCUGACAACGACUUUUAUAAAAAGAUUGUGGAUGCUUACGAGGCAAAAAAUCAAGAAUUAGUGGCGGAGAACGCUGAUUUGAGGGCAUUGCUGCGUUCAAUGCAGGUGGAUAUGCGUGAUUUCUUAAACGCUCCAAAUGGUUUGUCCAAGCAAUCUUUUUCAGUCAAUGAUAGACCUGAUGCUGAUUCCUCGCGGUCCCCACUGGGUGGGAAGACGGAUGUUUUCGACCUGCCUUUUCACAUGGCUAGGGACCAAAUAGAAGAAAGUCUCCGAAAUAAGGUGGCGUCUAUAAAGGAGCGCAUGGGUCAGCUCCAAGAUGCGCAAAAAGGAGCAGAAGUCACUUCUGAAGCAACUGAGAGGGAACUUGAGCUUGAAGCUCAACUUGUUGAGGCGAGGAGCAUAAUCCAGGAACAGGCAUCCAUAAUGUCUAAACAUCUUGCAAAGUCUGAAAAACCAAGGAGAUUGAGUGGCCAUCUGAAUUCUGACAGGGAUUCCCUCGUUUCAUCACCAUCUGAGGGUGUGUGAAAUCACCAAUCUGGAUUGACUUGAUCUGCGGUACUAGCUUUAGAUUUCAGUUCAUGUCAACAUGGAACCGGAAAUUUUUAUUGUGCCAAGCUCUACAGAGACAGAGGAGUGUGUAAAAGAUAUGUAUGCUGAUUUUUUUAUCAGGGUAUCCAGAAUGAUCCAUUUGGACUUGUAGCAGAUCUCAAAGGUUUAAUUUUAAGCUGUGACGUUAAUGCGAUCAACACCUAGUUGUUUCUUAGUUAAAAUGUAUUUAGAUGUGAUGGUUUAGGGGUUUAUCCUUGUGUAUUGAAUUUAUGUUCAUCCUGUACUCUAGUUAAUUACAGCCAGUAAAUUUAAUUUUAGUUUCAAGGGUUUGGAGUCUUUGGACACCGACCAAACUGUUGUUUGUGUGUCUAUAAUAUAUAUAUUCGGGGUAGGUCUUGAAAUAA